AUGGCGGAAAUGAAGGAGAUGAUGAAGAUAUUUGCUGAAAUGAUGUCGAAGCAACAUGAUCCGGUUCUGCUGGUACAUUCCAGAGGUAACACGGGGGUUCAUGCAAAAGGGAUCAUGAAAGAUCCAAAAGGGACUUUCAAACCAGAGAGGUUCGUUCAAACUUUUGAAAGGUCUAUGGCAAAAUCAACAUUGCCGACCGAAGCUGCUUUACGAGAGUUCCUCAUGCAAUACAGAAGAACUCCUUUUUCAACCGGUCUUUUAGUUCAUAUUUGCCUGCAUGAUAUUCUCCGACCAAUUUUAAAAGGGAAAGAGAGGGAAGAAAACUACAAUAAGGUGAAAUGUUCGAUUUUGAUAAGUCAACCGUGUUAUGUCAAGUACUAUGGCCCAAGAAGAGAUCGCCAAGCCAGUUGGGUUCCUGCAAUAGUUGUUCGAAGAUUAGAUCGUCAAGCCAGACGGGCUCCUGCAAUAGUUGUUCGAAGAUUAAGUCGAAGACACAUAUUGGUAAAAUCGAUCUCACAUGGUCUUCUAUGGAAACGACACGUAGAGCAAAUCCGUCCUAGAUACGGUGCCAACCAAGAUGGCGACCCAGGGGAAAUCACUGGGACCCAGUCCCAAUUUGAUUCAAGGCAUUCAAUCGUCAAACCUACCACGCCUGAAAGUAGUCAAGUGCUUUUCGACCCGAUAUCUCUCCCAAGAAGAUCGGAACGUAUACGUCAUAAGUUUGCCCACAAACUUUAG